GUCUACGUCACGACCCCCUGCGAUGAUGAGACGAACUUGGCUGCCAAAACUGGAAGCAGAAGAAAAUCCAACAUGGACGCCGAAGAAGUUGACAUUGAGUUGCCCUAUAUUACGGCCAAAAUGGCGGCUGAUCCGGACAUUAUUAAUACUGCAAUUGAAUUACCUGUUCAAGAGGUGGAAAUAGAGAGCAUACCAAUGGAAAAUAUUGAGGGCAUAACGACUGAAAAUAUAGUUACAAUACCAGUAGACGGAAUAGGACAAGUGGAAACGGUGGAAUGUGAAACUGUCGAUGGAAUUGAAUGUCAACCCAUCUCGAUUCACCAUUUAACAGAUCGUGAAGAAAUAGUUCUCCAGACUCGGGAGGAAAUCGUUGGAGAUGUUGAUGAUUUGACAGGUUCUAGUUAUAUAAUUGAUGCAGAUUCUGUCCCUGUUCCAGUACCAAAUUCAGACUUAUCUGACGAAACAUUAGCUGGUCCAAGCAGACGGAAAAAGGGGAAGAAAAAUUCGCGAACGAGAGUCUUGGCGAGUGGGGAGUUGUCUUUUGACUCAGAAAAGAACACCAGAAAAUGGGAACACAAGCAAGUUCAAAUCAAAACUCUGGAAGGGGAAUUUUCAGUGACGAUGUGGGCUUCAGAAGAGAAGAAACAGCUGUCAGAUGACCCAGUGACCCCACCUCAGCAAGUGAUAGCACCACCAGCUUGUCAUGAUAGAUCUCUUGGCUUUGAGUGUGAACCACCAGACUACUCGGAGUAUCUGACUGGCAAGAAGUUACCACCCGGUGGCAUCCCAGGCAUUGAUCUCAGUGAUCCUAAACAGUUAGCAGAAUUUGCAAGGAUUAAACCAAAAAAGCCAAAAGAUGAUGAUGUACCAAGAACAAUAGCUUGUCCUCACAAGGGAUGUACCAAGAUGUUUCGUGACAAUUCAGCGAUGAGGAAACAUUUACACACCCACGGACCGAGGGUACAUGUAUGCGCAGAAUGUGGUAAAGCCUUUGUUGAAAGCUCUAAACUCAAGAGACAUCAACUGGUCCAUACUGGAGAGAAGCCUUUCCAGUGUACAUUUGAAGGAUGUGGGAAGAGAUUCUCACUGGAUUUCAACCUUCGCACUCAUGUAAGGAUACACACAGGAGACCGUCCAUACGUCUGCCCAUUUGAUGGCUGUAACAAGAAGUUUGCCCAAUCUACCAACCUCAAGUCUCACAUACUCACCCAUGCCAAGGCCAAACAGCAGCAGCAGACUGUUGUAGUCACCCUGCCUUUGUGAAUGUAGUCAAGACAUCUGAGCUGUAAAAAGCUCUAUGCAGUGCUCCCUAGCCUUAACCCACGUACCUAAUCAAGUGAUGAGGGAAUUUUUAAAGCUUUAUUAUUACCUAUAAUGUAUCAAUGACCCAGCAAACAUUGUUGGUCAGUGUACAUGUAUAGGUUUGGUGACUUUACAAAGUAAAGAUGUUCAUGUAUUUUAAUACUUCUCCUAUAGUUUUAUCUGUCCCUCUCUUUCCCCUUUCCUCUGUCUACAUUGUAUUUCUCUGUCUGUCUCCAUUGAAUAUCCUAUAGAUGAUGACAACAUUACAUGAAUGCAUUUAACUGAUCAUCUUAUCAAUAGUUUAGUAUUGCACCUGUUGAGAUGUUUCCUGUCUAUAUAUGUCUACAGUCAUCAGCUUUACAAUAUUCAUAACUUUCUAUGGUGUUCUGCAAACCCCUUACUUGGCUGGAAAUGUACAUACAUGUAUCUAUACAUAUUGUGUGACCUAUGGCUUAUCAGUAGCUGUCUCAUGUUGAAAUAGUAUCUCUUAGCACUCUUUCAAAUGGACUUAAAUUUGUAAAUAUACAGUUUGAAUUGGUCAAGAAAAGUGAAUUGUAUAUCUAUGCUACCAGGUUCAUUAUUGGUAUAUAUUUUUUCAUGAAAACAUGGUUUGGGAAAUACAGUUUAUUUUUAUUAAUAUCCUAGAUGAUUUUGGGGAUAUUGAUUAAUUUAAGUUGAUAUAGUGCAUAAACCAGUCAAUGCUAUCACACCCGAUUGAAGUUCUGGCCAAUUGGUGCAUAAAUUUUCAUUCAUUAUAGCGCUGUUGCAAAAAAUAUAUUUAUUUUGCUUUAAUUAAAGUGAUGUUUAGUUAUGUUUCUAUUAAUUUUUUUCUGGAUUGACCUUGACAAGUAUACAUAGUUGUGCAUUACACUACUUACCUGCAUAGAUGUACAUUCUGUUACAGUAUCAAAGUUAAAGAAAAUAUACAAUUUUGAACUACUGUAUUUGCUAAGAUUAUAUCUUUGUAAGGAAAACCAUCCACAUGUGUUAACAUGUUUCUGUUAUCAGUUAAUUGUAAUUCUACCAGUACCGGUAAGCUAAAGUGUAGUCAUAUCUUCCUUGUUAUGGCAGGAAUGUCAUUGACUAUUAUAUAAAGAAUUCCUUAAUGCCAAUGAUUAGGCUUUCUUGAUUUUUAUUAGCCUUAGUCCUUGAUUAGGCAACACUGGAAUCCAUCCGAUGUGAUCGCAUUUCAGUAACAUUUUUUCCCUAUUCCGAUAUUAUAGUUAAUGAACAAUACCACAAUCCAUAUUUAUAAAUUCAGUAUAAUUUCUAAUGUAGUUUUUUUUUCUCACCAUUCAGUAUAGAUUAUUGAGUUGAUUGUGAUGCAAGUACCCAGAUUUUAAAGCGCCCUCUGUGGCCGCAAAUGGUGCAUGAUAUGGUUACCAGCUUUGUGAGGCUGCAGUUAUGAGAGGAACAUCAGAAACAACACUGAGUGUUGGGUAGGAAAGUGAGGAUAUGUGACACAAAUCCUGCUUUUGAUUUGUUUGAUAAUUUUUCAGAAAUGAAUUUUGUUGUAUAAUUAUGAUUAAAGCAUUUCAUUGUCAGGAAAAUUAGAAUCUGUAUUUUCUAUUCAUUUCUGUUACAUGAUUCUUUCCUAAAUUUUAUCAUAAAAAUAUUGUAUUUCAUGGACAUUUUCAGUCAUUAUGUGCAUGUAUUUGUGCUACAGAAAGGUUUUUAAUUUAACAAACUUUAUUCAAAUAUUUUUUUACUCUUUUGAUUAGUGAAUACUUAUAUUUUUAAAUGUUAACCUUCACAAUCAUGUGUUUUGUAUUUUGAUACCUUAUUUGAAAUGCUCUUGAAUUUCUGUGUACUUUGCAUGGUUUGAUUUUAAAAGAAUUUUCAACAAUGACUUUAAAAAUUGUGGAACAGCCCCAUGUCGCUGAGAUAUAUUAUUAUUCAACUUCUGCCCCCCCCCCAAAAAAAAAAGAAAUAGACAAUACCGGUAGUUGCAGAGCCCAUUUUAUGUACAUAGCCAUUCAAGUAGAGAUUAAUAUCUUGGUUUGGUUAGGAAAUAAAUGUACGUUGCACUUGCAUUAUUGGACACUUCAUUGAAUGUACAUGUGUUGAUCAAGACUGACAAUGAAAUAAAUAACAUCUUAAUUUUUGGUCGAGGAGUAACAUCCAUGAUCCCUUUUGUCCCAUUGUGCAAUAUCAGAUGAGAGGCAACUUGACUGCAACAGGGGGGUGGGGCAUUUCAUGAGCGUUUUGUAAGUGAUACAUGACUACAUGGAAGGUGAUCAUCUCUUAUGCUUGAUGGAAAAUUUCAGUUUUCACUGUUUUGGAGUGCACUUUCUAUAACCCUAAUCUAACUUUGAAAAAUAUUGCAUUUUGUAAUCAGAUGCUUAUUGAAAAUCAGAAUUUUGUUUUGCAUAAAUUGUAUAUCAACUGUAGCUGAUGAAAAUAAUAAUUUGGAAUUUGAUUUAGCACCCAAAAAAGGCUCAUCAGUGAUAUGCAAUAUAACUUCUUAAAAAGACUUUAUGAAACAUUUGUUGCAGUCUCAAUAUGCAAGAUGAUUUUACACAGGGUUGAAUAAUU